AUGAGCGAUGACCCGACACCGUGGGACAACGCGACGGAGAGCGCCACGGCGGUGCCCGGCGAGGUGUCCCCCCAGGAUGGCUACGUGCUGCUGCUGGCCUUGCUCUCCAUCUUCAUCGGGGGCACCCUGGUCCUGCUCUCCGGCAUCCUGAUCAUCUGCCGCCGGUGCUGUGAGGCCGACCGCCGGCACUCCAGAGCCAGCGAUGACCCCGAGAAAACCAACACCACCUACCUGGACGACUCGCAGCCAGCCCAGGAUAUCACCAUCAAAGUGGAGGACCCCGACUGCCUGUCGUCCUCCAGCUACCGGGAUGUGGAGGGCGAGCGGUUCCUGUCCUCCAGCUCCUCCACCGCCCGCCGCGUCUCCUUCAACGAGGCCGCGCUCUUCGACCAGGGCAAGAAGACCCAGGAGAAGGGGAGGAGGUACACGCUGACGGAGGGGGACUUCCACCACCUGAAGAACGCCCGCCUGACCCACCUGCACCUCCCGCCGCCCGCCCUCAAGAUCGUCACCAUCCACGAGUGCGAGUCCAGCGAGAACAGCCUGGCCAUGACCCCCCGCCUGCCCCCGCCCAAGCCCGGCCUCGCCAUCUUCCAGCCCCCCGCGGGGGCCCUGCCCCGGCCAGCGCUCCCCAGCCACGCCGUGUGCCCCAGCUCUGCCCUGCCCGGGGACACCUACAACUCCACCGUGGACACCAGCUUCACCGAGGCCAGCCCGUCCGCCUCCUCCGACUCCGGGGAGGGCCCCUCAUUCGCAGCAGCUCCCAGGAGCGGGAAGGCGGCUGGGGCGAGCAGUGCUGGCACCGGGGAGCCCCCCCCGGCGCCCGCGCAGGGCACCGUCCUGCAGUUCUUCACCCGCCUGCGCCGCCACGCCAGCCUGGAUGGGGCCAGCCCCUACUUCAGGAUCAAGAAGUGGAAGCUGGAGAGCACCCAGCGGGCGUCCAGCCUGGACACGAGAGGGUCCCCCAAGCGGCGGCAGUUCCAGCGUCAGCGGGCAGCCAGCGAGAGCAUGGACCAGGAGGACCGGGACCCUCACCAGACCGACAUCAUCCAGUACAUCGCCCGCACGGACGACGUGGCCUUCCACCGCGCGGGCGGCCCCUUCCUGCCCUCCCCCGCCAGCCCCCCACCCUCUCUCGGCAGGCUAGAGCCGGGCGAGGGCGGCGCAGGCAGCCCCGGCGAGGCCGGUGUCCUGGAGCAGCCCAGCGCCUACCACGACAUCUGGAGCCUGCGUGCCUCGCUGGAGCUGUACGCUUCCUCCGAGCGGAGCAACGACCAGGACUCGGUGCGCAGUGACGGCGGGGACAGCGUCUCCUCGGCCGGUGGCAUGCCCCCCUGCCCCUCCUCCUCCCUGGACGAGGCCGAAGGCCCCGAGGAGAAGCUCUGGGGCCGGCCCAAGCCGGAGGAAUCGGAGCCCGGCACGCGCAAGCUGCUGCAGAUGGACAGUGGCUAUGCCUCCAUCGAGGCGCCCAGUCGGGGGGGCGAGGAGGGGCCCCCCAAGGACCAGACGGCCUCCGAGAAGCGCAUUUGCUUCACCAGCGCGGGGCGGAAAGGCACCAUCUUCGAGAGCUUUGAGGGCCGGGAGCCAGAGGAGGAGGAAGAAGAGGAGGAGGAGGAAGAGGAGGAGGAGGAGAGCGUGGCCCGGGGCGCGGCAGGCGGGGGACCCCCCCGUCCCCACAGCCCCCUGGCCUGGUCCCCGUACGGGCAGAUGUUCCCGGGGCGGGACGCGCUGCCUCGGCGGGACUACAGCAUCGACGAGAAGACGGACGCCCUGUUCAACGCCUUCGUGCGCCACGACCCCCAGUUUGACGAGUCGCCGCUGCGGGGGAAGCACCGCUCCCGCACCCACCUCCGCAAGCAGUGGCAGCACGCCAAGCAGUACAGCGACCCCGGCGUGCGCUACCCAGCGCUGGAGCGGCACCGCACGCCCCUGCGCCGCGGGGACAGCGCCAACUACCCCCUGGACGCCCGCUUCCACAGCCCCCUGCCCCGCAUCGUCAGCGCCGGCGACGAGGAGGCGGCGGAGGCGGCCGACGGGGUCCCCCCUGCCCCGGCACUGCCCGACCCCGAGAUCCAGGUGAUCGUGGAGGAGCCCGGAGAGGUGGCCCCCGAGCCCAAGACUGGCUCCGAGCCCCCCGGGGAUGAUGACUGCCCCGGCCCCGGGAGAUGCCUGGUGCUGGGCUCCGGCUCGGAGCUGAUGGACAAGAUCGCCGGCAGCCUCGAGGAGCGGCUCUACGGGCACUUGAGGAAAGCGGGAGAGAGCACCGAGUGCACAGUGGCCGUGACGGCCAGCGAUGCCCCCCCUGACCACAGCCCUGUCUAGGCCCAGCGCGAGG